AUGGGGGGAGAGGUGGGUGGAGGUGGUGAGAUGGAGAAGAAUGAGAGGACAGAGGGAGAGAAUAAGAGGGAGGUCAGUGAGGGAGAGAAAGUGAGUGAGGGAGAGAAAGUGAGUGAGGGAGAGAAGGUGGGUGAGGAAGAGAAAGUGAGUGAGGGAGAGAAAGUGAGUGAGGGAGAGAAGGUGGGUGAGGAAGAGAAAGUGAGUGAGGGAGAGAAAGUGAGUGAGGGAGAGAAGGUGGGUGAGGAAGAGAAAGUGAGUGAGGGAGAGAAAGUGAGUGAGGGAGAGAAGGUGGGUGAGGAAGAGAAAGUGAGUGAGGGAGAGAAAGUGAGUGAGGGAGAGCAAGUGAGUGAGGGAGAGAAGGGAGAGAAGCCACAGAAGAGCCCGUCUUCGAAGCCUCCUCUUGCUCCCACUCCCUCCACACGCACAGCCACAGCCACAGCCACAGCAGCAGCAGCAGCAGGAGCGGCAGGAGGGGCAGCAGCAGCAGCAGCAGCAGCAGGAGGGGCAGCAGCAGCAGCAGAAGGUGGCACGGCGCUCGUCUCCACCGCCGCCCAACCUUCCGACCAAUCAGGGACCACAAUCUUCUUCCUCUACCCCUCCGUUCCCUUCACUCUGGCCGGCGUGCUUCGGCACAGCCCCGAGGCGCUACGAGACGAGUUUGCCGCCCGGCUGGUCGCGGGGGGGGGAGGGGGAGUAGGGGAGGGAAAAGGAGGGAUUGGUGAUGGUAGUAGGAAGAAUAGGGCUGGAAGGCAGGUGAGAGGAGACGAAGGGAGAGGAGGAGGAAAAGGAGGAGAAGAAAGGAAAGGAGAGCAAAAGGGGCAAGACGCGGAGGUGAUUUCGACAGGAGAGGGAGCCAUGGUGAAAGGCGGGGACAAAGAAGAUGAGCAGGAGGAAAUUCUAAGGAAGCUUCCUCCUCCGCAGCGCGCACUUGCCGCGAAGCUUCCUUUCAGUGAUCUCCUGGGCAGGUGGAUGGCAUGGGAGAUCAGCAACCUGGAUUAUCUCCUGGAGCUCAACAGAAUAGCGGGGAGGCGGAGCGGAGACAGGGAUUUCCACGCUGUCAUUCCGUGGGUGAUUGAUUUCACGGUGGCUCCUUUUGAUACCACCGCGGGUUCAUUCACCGGGGGUUCAUUCACCGGGGGUUCAUUCACCGGGCGUUCAAUCUCUGCUUUUAAUGUCUCUGCUUUUGAUCGUACGGGUUCUGCUUCCGAGGCCUCCGUGGCUGUUGUGGCUUCUUCUGAGGGGGUUGAUGCUGCGGGCUUGUUACCCAGGGACCUGUCUGUCGGGGUUGAUGCUGCUGGCUUGUUACCCAGGGACCUGUCUGUCGGGGUUGAUGCUGCUGGCUUGUUACCUAGGGACCUGUCUGUCGGUGAUCUGAUAUCUGCGGAUAGAGCAAGCGAAAGCUUUCCUCCUCUGCGUCCUGCCGCCGCUGCUGCUGCUGCUGGUGCUACCGCUACCAGUACUACUCUAUCCUCCUCUUCCUCCUCCUCCACAGCUCCCCUCAAGGGUUGGCGGAACCUGCGCUUAACUAAGUGGCGGGCGGUAAAAGGCGACGAGCAGCUCGAUUUCACCUACUCGUCCUCCGAAGUCCCCCACCACGUGGCAGAAGAGUGUGUGUCUGACGUGGCAGUCUGCAUGUACUCGGCUCGAAAACUCCCUCUGUGGAUAUUAAGGAGGGUGGUGAGGACGGUCUUUGAGCCUAAGGAGUAUCCUAGUACGAUGGGGAGGAUGUAUAGGUGGACUCCUGAUGAGACCCUGCCCGAGUUUUUUUUCGAUCCUGCCCUGUUUCGGUCGUACCAUGAGGGGCUGCCCGACCUGGCGCCUCCUGAUUGGAUGGAUGAGUUUGCGGGCAGUGUGGGGGGAGCGGAGGUGGAUGGAGAGAGAGGAGGGGAAAGAGGAGGGGAGGGAGGAGGGGAGGGAGGAGGGGAAGGGGGAGGGGAGGGAGGAGGGGAGAGAGGAGGAAAGGGAGGAGUCAAAUUUGAAAGAGAUCUUUCUGGAUCUUCAGAUCCUGCAAUUAUGAUGGACGGCGACGAUUUGAUCCUGCGAAUCAAAUCCAAUCGCGUCCAUCGCUUCCUCGCCCUCCACCGGGCGGCACUAGAGGGUGAUUUUGUCUCUUCUGAGCUGCACCACUGGAUCGACCUCACCUUUGGCUACUGUCUCGCUGGCGACGCGGCAUUGGCCGCCAAGAAUGUGGUCCCGCCACCGACCAAUGAGGAGGCGCCACGUGGACAUGGGAGGUGCCAGCUGUUCGUGCAUCCUCACCCGCAGAGGGGACCUAGACCAGCGGGGUUGAGUGGAGGGAGGGGAGGAGUUUGGGGAGGGAGAGAGAUAGGAGGACAAGUGGAGGAAUUUUCUCGAUUCCUAGAAUCCACGCGCCACCUGUCGCCCGUCUAUUGGCCGCCGCCCGAGAUCCUUGCCCCGCCUCCUGUCUCCCCCAGGGGUUACCGGAGAGGGGGGAUGGGGUCUGCUGUUGCUGCUGCUGCUGCUGCUUCUGGUUCCAUAGUUACAGCAAACCGACAUCAUAUGGGGCAGGAGGAGGAAGAAACGGACAAACAAGGCACGUCCGCAUCCUCGUCCUCUUCCUCAUCCUCCUGCUCCUGCUGGGCGGAAGAUAUUUUUGUGGCCGGCUGCGUGAUUGCGGAGAUUUUCCUCCGCCGCCCGCUUUUCGACCCAGACUCAGCACACGUCUUCGCCACGGUCGGCAGUCUGCCGCCCGCUUUCUACAACCUGCCAAGCUCCGUGCAACCGGUGAUCAGAGGCCUAGUAGACCGCAACCCCGCUCGCCGCCCGACCGCUGCUACAGUCCUCGCUUCGUCCUUUUUCAGUCCUGCCGUCCGGUCGGCCCACUCGUUCCUCUCCUCGCUGCACUCCCUCCCGUUCCCGAGCCAGCGGCUCGCGUUCGCCGCGUCCCGAGCCAAGCAGGGAGGCUUGGGAACGAAGCUGCGGACGCACGCGAUUGGCCGAAGCAGCAGCAGCGGCCGCAACAGCCGGGAGAGAAUGGAGGGACUGAGAGACCAGGGGGGGGGAGACGGGAGGGUGAUUCGAGAGGAGGAAGUUGCACUCUGGAUGUGUGCAUGCGAGGUGGUAACCCUGUUACAGCAGCCAGCUCUAGACCUCUCCGACCCUGCGGUUCAAUCCCAUAUCACAGUGGUUCUGAACGGUUUGCUGCAUCCCACUAGGGGUCUCGGCCGGAGGGCGAUAGUGGCUCUGCUGGUGCCACUGGCAGUGCGAGCAGUGGAAGCUAAUGAACCCAAGGGGUUGAAUGAGAUUGUGUUCGGUGAAGGGGUGUGGGAUAAGCUUGCAAUGGCUGUAGGGUUACCGGACCAGACAAUUGCCCCUCUCAUCGCUCACAUCACCAGGGGACCCUUACAACACGCCUCCCACAUUCAAGACCUCUUGAUUGAUAUCGCUUCCAAACUGGGAGAGAGAGCAUCGAAACGGCACCUGGUGCCCAGGCUACAAGCAGCACUAGCGCACUUGAAGAUGAUGCAGAGGGAGCUCCUGGCGGGUGUUCUUACAGACAUGUACGACCUCUUUGCUAUGGACGAGGUACGUACGGUGCAUGGGUUUGGUGUUCUAGGCAGCUUGAAUAGCAGGGGGCAGCAGGGGCAGCAGGGGGCAGCGGGGAAGAGAGGGCGGUUGUUAGAUGUGGGAGGGGACGAGCAGAGGAGGGAGCUUUUGGCGGGUAUUCUCACGGAUGUGUAUGAUCUGUUCUGCAUGAACGAGGGCAACGACGCCAGCUCAUCAGCGGAAGAUUCCAGGAUGCUUCCUCCUGCCGGCGCCUCUGCUGCUGGUGGUCUCGCCACCACCGCCGCUGCAACCAGCAGCCAAUCCUGGCUCUCCACGUCAGCCGACUCUUUGCCCGAGACUCACCCGGGCAGCCCAGAGGAAGAUUCCUCCCUGCCCGAACCACCCGAGCCGUGGUUCUGGCUGCCCGAAAAACGUUUGGAUGCCCCUCCGAAUGAGGAGGGGUGGGACGUGGGGAGGAGGCUGGGGGGAGGAGGGGGAGGGGCAGGGGGAAGUUCAGUCAGCCUUGCCAGUAUGAGCGCUGUUUCGUCUGUUUCUGGGGGAGGUGGCAGCUCGUGGAUGGCUCGCGACAGGGAGGAGUCCCAGCCCGGGUGGCAUCUGAAUUUGUCUCCGCCUUCCUCUCUAGCAGCUCACCUCCAGCAGCAGCAGCAGCAGCGGGAGCAGCAGCAGCUGUACUCACACCACUCCUCCUCCACCCCCACUCUCUCUGCUGCUGCCGCCGCCGCUGCCGCUGCAGCAGGAGCGGCCGGAAACCCCCUUGCGUACUUCUCCUCUUCCCCUCGCCUCGCCAUGCCUAUCGGCCAGCUUCCGGACCAGACCUCUUCUCUGGAUCCCGCUGCUACAUCCUCAAUCUUCUCCUCUUUCGCCGCCGCUACAGCCGGAGUAGCAAGUGGGAUCCCAGCCUCCCCUCGCAUGUCCUCCUCUCUCUUCUCCUACCAUCCCUUCUCCUCCCUCUCCUCUCUCUCCACCACUCCAAGAUCCCACCCGUCCCCACACUCCCUCUCCUCGUCCGCCCUCCCGGACCUCGCCGGCCUAGGCUCAGGAGACGGCUCGGCGGGAGGCUCGGUUGGGACGCCGAGGCAUGGGAGGGGGCGCAGCGUUAGCAGUCCCAUGACCGUGUAUCGAUACACGUCGCUGCUGUUCCUGGGGCCAGCAGGGGGGAACAGGCUCGUGGCCGGCACGUCUACAGGCUGCAUCCGCCUAGUGGACAUGUGUGCGGGUCGCUUGCUCUCCCUCUGGCAGUGCGGCCUAUCCGAGCCAUUCUGCACACCAGUCACUGCCCUCGCCUCUGCUGCCACCACCACCUCCUCCCCCACCACCAACCCCGCUUCUGCUCCCCUCCUCCCUCACCUCUGCGUGCGGUCUAUCAGAGCCAUUCUGCACGCCAGUCACUGCCCUCGCCUCUGCUGCCACCACCACCUCCCCUGCCCCCUAUUCCUCCCCCCUACACAUCUAUCCUUGCCAGCCUCGUGGACAUGUGUGCGGGUCGGCUCCUCUCCCUCUGGCAGUGUGGUCUAUCCGAGCCAUUCUGCACCUCCCUGUUCCCCACUCCCCUUCUCAUUCACUUUUGAGCCUACCUUCUUCCCAACCCCCAGCCUUGUGGACAUGUGUGCGGGGCGUCUGCUCUCCCUCUGGCAGUGCGGUCUAUCAGAGCCAUUCUGCACACCAGUCACUGCCCUCGCCUCUGCUGCCACGACCACCUCCUCCUCCCGCCGCUCCUCCUCCUCCUCCUCCUCGCCCUCCUCCUCUUCCUCCUCUUCCUCCUCUGCCCACACUCGCUCCCCUGUUUCCACCAAGUGUGUUUCUGUGGGUUUCCACUCGGGACACCUAGCGUUCCUUGAUUGGACGACGGGGAUGGUGGUGGCACGGGUGAAGGCACACUCGGGGAGGGUUACAGGGCUCGUGCCAUGUGGCGAGUAUCAGCUUCUGUCCUCGUCCACAGACUCGACCAUAGCCCUGUGGGAUAUCAGAAGAGCUGCUGACGUGGCAGCAGUGGAGAGAGUGGUGGCUCACACACAAGGCAUCACAGCAAUGGUUGCGCUCACACCCACCAUGCUCACGCCCUCAUCUGGGGGAGGUACAUCUGGAGCAGGCGGAGGGCUGAGCGGCGUGGGAGCGGAUCUAAUGCCUCCCAGCAUGACCCUGGGCCGGGUUGUGAUGACAGCAGCGGGGAGUCAUAUUGGCGUGACGAAUGUCUCGGGAUUGUCCCAAAUUGCAAAUGCUCGCACACGUGUCAAGUUCUCGAGCCAUGAGCUUGUAGUUCGCUGGCCUCCUCCCCAUUCGGAUGUCAAUCUACAAUUCCAUGCACAACAAGUGAUCGACAACAUUCAAUCGUCCAGGUCAACCCCCAUAUUUUCAUUGGAUGUGCUUCCCUACUCUCGCCUCUUCCUUGCCGGAGGCGAGGAUGGUAUUGUUCGUGUUUGCAAUUAG